GGUGCAAAAGUUGCCUUGAUUGUUUUCUCCCCCGGUCAAAGGGUUUACUCAUUUGGCCAUCCUUCUGUUAACACCAUAAUCGAGAGGUUUCUCGAAAAUCAAAAGAACCCAUCCUUUGAUUUAUCAUCCCCGACAGUUUUAACAACGAUGAAUGCAACCGAGCGAAUCAUUCAUGCUCACAGAAACGAGCGCCUUCAGCAAAUGAACGAGGAAAUAAUGCAGUUAGAAAAGCAAUUGGAAGCGGCGAGGAAACGCGGAGAAGCACUGGAGAGAGCCAAGAAGGAGGACCCAGGAAAGCAGUGGUGGAAGAUGCCUAUUGAAGAGCUUGAUGCAAAUCAGCUUAUGAUUUAUGCAAACGCUCUGGAGGGACUCAUGAAGAAAGUUAAAAAGGAAAUGGGUUCAUUUUCCAUUGAGGGAGGUCGUGCCCCUUUUACGGAUCUUAUUGGGGUUAAUGAUGUUUAUGGCCGUAUUGCCAUUAAUCUUGAUAAUUUCAUUAAUCAAUUUGGUGGGAAGGAUGACUGUGGACAGGUUCCCAGCCAUUGUCGCUGCCCAUCUACUGCUGGUGAUGCCAAUAAUGUGCAAGAGGAGAUUGAUUUGAAUCGUUCGGCCUCACUGUCUGGAUCUGGUAGUCUGGAAAAUGUUGAUGAUGAUAAGAAAUAUGUUCGGAUUCAUCAAUUUAUUUAA